GGGGGCGGGGAGCUGGGUUACAGUGGAGGAUGGCUCUGCUGGGGAGCAGGGAGCUGAGUUGCAGGCCAGGGAGUUGUCUGCUGUGGGGCAGGGAGCUGGGUUAAGUGAGGAGGGGGCAGGCAGUUGUCUGUUCUCGGGUAAGGGAGCUAGGCACUGCACCAAGCUCGCCGACCAACCAAGGUGGCUCCUUGCUCCGCAGCACUUGGCCCCAUACGAGCUUUCCCCUCUCCCACUCGGUCUGACUGACACGUUGGGGCCCGCAUGGCUGCACCUAAGGGGGCUGGCCUGGCCAUUGGUGAGCAGAGCCCGCAGCGGGCAGCAACUGCAAACUGAUCAUCUCUCUUGCUCUGUACAGGACGCUCAUUCCUGCCACUCUCCUUGCCCUGCUUGUGUCCGUGGCACUGGCACCGAUGGUAGCGUCUCUGGGGCUGAUACCAAUCUGAGGAUCGGGAACCACCAGCCCUGUGCUAGGGACCCCCUGUGUUUGGUGUUCCCUAGCUUUGGUCCGUGAGGACCCUGGGGCCAGCCUGCGCAGUUUGUGACACCUGGAGUAGGGGCAAAGAGCACAGGCCUGCAGCCUGGCUUUGCUGGGUCGUGGUGUGUCGUGUUGUGAGGUCCCUGCGUCGGCCUGGUCCUGGGCACUGGAACCUUUCCCUAGGGAUCCUCCACGGGUCCAGCCACCGCCUGCUGCGAUGCGCCGGGACAAACCUCAGGAACGGGCUGCCAGCUGGCCAGCUGAUCACAUCAAAGUGCUAAUUGCCUUGUGGGCGGAGGCGGCCACCUCACAUGACCUGAGCUCCCGCGGCAGGAACAGGGUUGUCUAUGAUGGCAUCUCCCAGCGCCUGGCUGAGCUGGGCAUCUAUCGCACCGGGGACCAGUGCCGGGAGAAGAUGAAAGGCCUCAAGGUGACAUAUCGCAAGGCCAAAGAGAACAAUGCAGCCGGGAGGCCGCCCAUGCGCUGCCCAUUCUACGAGGAGAUGGACCAGAUCAUGCAGCGCUGCGACAGCACCCGCUCCAGCCUCCUGGCAGAGAGUGGCGAGGGGCCUGGCGCCCCAGACAGGCAGGAGGGCACAGCUGCCCCGGAGAGCUGGGGGGCACCAUCCUUUGAGCCAUGGGAUUCCCAGGCCACUGCUGCCUUUGAGCACUGGGAGUCCCAGGCCUCGGCCUCUGACCAUUGGGGGUCCCAAGCUGCAGCCUCAGAGAGCCAGGGGGCUGAGGAACUGGGCUACGUGCUCCCUGAGGCGCAAGCCCUGCUGGGCGAGGUGCAGGCCGUGCAGGUGAAGGAGGAAGAGGCGUCCGCGGAUGAACUGCUGCCUGAGCCUGACCCUUCCCCAUCGGCAUCGGUGGAGCCCCAGCUGGCCUCCCGGAAGCUGGUCUCAGCGCUGGACCGGCUUGUGCACCUCCGGGCCAGAAAGCGCAAGGCACGGGAGGAUGGGCCACUGGAGACUGCACGGGGCCCCACCCAGAAGCAUGGGCGCAGCCAGCUGGAGUUGAAGCGGGCGAGGCGCGCUGGCGCCUGGAGGGCGGAGGACAGGCAGAGCCUGGCCGAGUUCAUCCAGCAUGACCGGGAGAUGCGGCAGGAGGACCGGGAGUUCCAGGCCCAGCUCCUGGAGAAGCUCUUCCAGAAGCAGCUGGAGAUGGUGGGGGCCCUGGCCCAGCCCGCACCCCCACUGCAGGAGCCAGAGCCAGUGGCACGGGAGGGAGCUGGGCUCCAGUUCCACACUCUGCUGGAGCAGGCGGUGCAAGUGCAGGCCAAGGGGCAGGAGGCUGAGACAGCCGGCCCUGCCCCUGCGGGAGCCUUGGAGCGAGCAGGGAAAGCACCCCCAGCCGUGCAGUACUGGACGGCAGAUGAGAUCCUGCGCUGGCUGGUGCCGCAGCAGCCACUGAUCGGGCAGCAGCCUUGGGGCGAGCGGUGUCGGGAGGGGCUGCUGGGCCCCCUGGCCUCACGGGGAGAUGGAGAAGGGGGUGAGAAUGAGACUGAUCUCGCCUCCUCCAGACGAGUGACUGACACCUGCCAGGGGCCCAGAGGCCUGCGGGGAGCCCGACUCCUCCCUCCCCUCGGUGGAGAAGCCCAACAGACCCACGCCAGCCUGGAUGCCAGUGAGGCCGGUGACGGUGCCAAGGUGAAGGGAGCUGUCCUUCGCCGCCACGACACAGAGACGCAGCGCCAGCGCUUCAGGGGCUUCCGCUACCAGGACGCCGAAGGGCCGCAGGAGGUUUACGGCCGCCUGUGGGAACUUUCCCAUCGCUGGCUGCAGCCAGAGACCCGCACCAAGGAGCAGGUGUUGGAGCUGCUGGUUCUCGAGCAGUUCUUGAGCCUCCUGCCUGAGGAAAUGCAGAGCUGGGUGCGGGAGCGUGGCCCAGAGAGCGGCCAGGAGGCCGUGGCCCUGGCAGAGGAUUUCCAGCUUGUUCCCCAGAAGCCUGGAUGGCAGCCCCAGGCGCGGGUGCCAGCCCAGGAAGGGGCCAGGGAUAUCGGUGCAGCACAGCAGGCCCUGCUGGCCGAGCGGCAGAGGGCGCCCAAGAGGGCCAGCGGGCAGGAGAACGGCUGGAACUGCGGCUUGUUGGCUGCCACGCCGUGUGCCCCGCUGGUGCGGAGACCAAGCCUGGGGGCGAUUGAGCCAGCUGCUCCCCAGCCCCUGCGCAACAGAGCGGGCUCCAGGCAGGGACAGCAAGUGGAGAAUGGCUUAGAGCCGCUGCAGAGCGCUGGGCACCUGCAGCAAGCAGAGAAGAACACUGCCCCAGUGCCACGCCCAGCAGCUGGGAAGGCGACUGAGCUAUGCGUUGCUGGCCCAGGAGGGCACGUGGGGACGGACAGCGUGCUACAGGGCAGAGCCACCAUUCAAGGGGGCAGCAGCAUCUCAGAGGCUCAGAAUGGGGCUCCAUGUGAGCAGCAGAUACCCGCUAGCCUUGUGCGGAUGGAGCGCACCGGCUCCAAGGGCAGCAGGGCCUGCGGCGCCCUGUCCAGGAGCGCCGGCUGUGCAUCCCCGGAGCUGGACGGCCCCGUGCUCGGGACCCUCCUGGAGACGUCCUUGGACUCCCCAUGGGACAGAGAGGGCAGCACAGACAGGGCACCGGAGGGCGACACAGCAUGCCCGGGGACACAGCCCCGCUGCCUGAGCUGCACGGUACUGCGGGCUGAUCUGGAUGCCACGCGGGAGGAGCUGAGAAUCACCCAAGCUCUCCUGAAGCCCAAGUGCCUGAUGAGCAGCUGGCCGUGGCCCACCGCCAAGGAGCCCACACGUUCAGCAGCAGCGUCGGCAGCACCAGGGAGAAGGUGACGACCUCCCACUAGAUCCCAGAGCUGCUAACAUCGAGCCCCAUACUCGUGGCAGCGCCUGCAGCAGGGAGGCCUUGGACAGAACCUGAGGGGCACUGGGCCGGCUGCCUGGGGGUGUUGGGAGCUGGAUCCAGCGGGGCCUGUGCUGAGCCAGGGGAGCUGGCGUCUCAUCACUGGACUUUCCAGGGAGCCUUUCCUGCUCCACUAGCUUUUUGAUACAAUGUCCCCAAAGCCCUCUACUUCCUCUUCACGUCUCAGGUUGGUCUCAAUAAAGCAAUGCACAGAGCUCCAGGCCCGGGGACGUGGUGCCUGCAAAUGGGAGGAAGUGGCUGUGUCAGGGACUCCCGAGUGCACCAUGGCUCAUCCUGAUCUCCCUGGGUAUGGCAGGGCAUGGUCUCAGCACCCACCCAGCCUGCCUUUCUGGGCACCCAGUUGGUGAGGGAAGGCCCCAGCCAGAGUGCACCAUUGGCCGCUGCUGGGGGAGGGAGCCUGUCAGGGGAGUGUCCAGUUAGUUCAACCAGGAGAAGGUUCAGGGGUGACUUGAGCCCUGUCUGUAUGUACCUAUGUGAGGAACAACUCUUCAGCAAUGGACUGUGCAGAGGGCCAAGAAAGGUCCAACACCAUUUUGGGGCUGGAAGUUGAAGCUGGACUAAUCAGCCUGGAAAUAAGGUGUUUUUAAUGUGACAGCAAAGAACCAAGGGACUGUUUCCCAAGGGCCAUGGUGGCUCCUCCAUUGCUGUCGAUUGUAAAUCAAGAUGGGCUCUUCUAAACGCUCUUGCUCUAGGGCUAAUGUUGGGGUCAUUCGUGACCUGAGCAAUGCAGGAGGCCAGACUAGGUGAUCACAAUGAUCCCUUCUGGCCUUGGUAUUGAUGACCCCGAUGGUUGAGGGGCUGGGAUUAAAGCAGAUGACUUGGGGAAGGGGUCCUGGCUCUCUGCUGCUUCUCCUCCUCUCCCUGCCAAUUAACCAUGCUCCACGCCAAUCCAUCCCCCACCAGCCACUCAGCUGGUGCUUGUCGAGCCUGUCGAGUUAAGCAUGGCCCACCAACAUGUGGUGUCGUCUCUGUCAUGUUUUUCAGAGCAGAGAAGCAGGAGCCUGUGUUCACGGGGAGGCUGGGAAAUCCCUCCAGGAGCACGGUGGGCGUUUUGGAGGCUGCAUUAGCAGGGAGUCUGGGAAAUACUUCCAGGAGCGUGGUGGACGUUUCGGAGGCUGCAUUAGCUGGGAGUCUGGGAAAUCCCUCCAUCAACACGGUGGGGGGUUCCAGAUGAUGCGUUAGCCAGGAGGCUGGGAAAUCCCUCCCCCAGCAUAGCGGGCGUUUUGGAGGCUGCAUUGCGGGGAGGCUGGGAAAUUGCUGCAGUGGCACAGCAGGUGUUUCGGACACUGUGUUAGUGGUGAAGCUGGGAAAUCCUCGCCCCCCCCAGUGGUGCAGUGGACAUUGGCUUAGUGGGGAGGCUGGGGAAUCCCUCCAGUGGCAUGGUGGGUGUUUUGGGAUGUUGUUUUAGGUGGAAGGCUGGGAAAUCCCCCCCAGCGCCACGGAGGGUGUUUCUCAUUCAAUUUGAGGGAGGUUGUAAAAGUGGGAUCUAUUCAGCAGUGCAGUGAGUGGGAACAAAACCAUGAGGCCUCAUUGAGAAUGGACUUCGAAGGGUGUUUGCAAACCAAGGCCCCUGCAGUGACCAGCAUGGACCCCAGCACAUGGCCAGAGCCCCCAGAACACCCCACUAGAACCUCAGCCAGUCAAGUACCCUGCCCAUUAAAAGUGACUGGUCUGUGGUGGCAUGGGAGAAUGCACCACAUUUAUUCCAGGGAUGCCAUUGGCUCCCUGUGCCAGAGGAGUAUCGCCUAUGUGUGGGGCAGAUAGGGGGAAGGGACCCCUCAGGCUCUGCCAGAGGAACAUCAGAGAGCCCCUUUGAUUACAGCUCUCUCCAGCCCAGGUCACUUCUCCCUUGUGGCUGCAGAAGAGAUGCAAGUGGCUCAGAGCUGAGAGCAGGGAGGACACACCCACCUGGCUCUCAGCCUGUGAUGGGGUUAGUGCCACACUUUGGCUGCCUCGGAGACGGGCCAGCAGCUGUCCAGCCGACACUUUCCUUCCUGGGGCCUUUGCCUGUGUUAGGGUCUGCUGGAGGGAGCGUGCUGGCCCAGGGCUCUGCCUCCUGCUUGCCUGGCACUGGGACAUUGGCUCUAGGUGCAUGGGGCAGAGUUUAGGACCAGUCAUUACUGUGCCAGCCUGGCCCACUGAAGGCUUGCAGAGAGAUGCUCAAGCAGGCCUGUAGCAACCCUCUGGUCCACCCAGGCUUCACAGCCAGAGAAUGCCUGGCUGGACUGGCCACAUGGCAAACACACUUCUUUGGGUUCAGCCGGAGGGAAACACCCUAGUACUGUGCUAACUGGUGGCUGUUAACCCCCCCCAUAGGAGUAGAGGAGUUGGAGACGUGACUGGUGAGGGAGAGUUUCUCCAAACCAGCAGCAGGGUAACGUCUGACCCUGACCCCAGGUGGGGUGGAACUGGGCAGGGCAGGAAGGCCCAGCAGAGCCCAGCCAAGUGGGGCAGUAGACCUUGGUGUAGUGCAGAAGGGCCUUGCCAGGCGUGGUGGGGCUGGCCCACAUAAGUGCGGGGAGGGAACUGUUUCUCCACCCUCAGAUAAUACUUUGCUUCCCCUAACCCUCCACCGCUGCUUUGCUCCCAGAACAGCUGCGGGGGGCGACUGCAGCACACGGCGAUGGGCACGGAGCCAUGUAAGUGCUCAGCAGGGGUGCCCCCCGCAGGAAUUCCCCAGAGCUCCAAGCAGGCAUAUGAAGUCUGCAUGGCUUCACUGCUCUGGGACACUGCCCCCCAGCACAGACAAGCCCCUCCAUGCCCCCCUGCCAUCCCCAGAAGGCACCAAUGUGCCCCUGCAGCCUCUGGGGGGGAAGGGGGGCUGGACAGCAUGUGACUCUGUGCACUGCCCCUCUGCAAGCACCACCCUCGCAGCUCCCAUUGGCCACAGCUCCCUGUUCACAGCCAAUGGCAGCUGUGGGGGCAGUGCUUGCAGGCAGGAGCAGUGCAUGGAGGGAAACCCCUGGCCCCGCCCACCUGCCCCGCCAUGCUGGCCACUUCUGGGGGUGGCAUGGGUCCAGGGCAGGCAAUGAGCCUGUUUUAGCAGCAGUCCUGCUGCGCUGCCAGAGAUCGUGAUCGACAGGUAGAUCCUCUAGGAUCGACCAGUCGAUCGCAAUCAACUGGUUGGUGACCACUGCUUUAGAGGUUCAGGCUUCUCCCAUGGAAGCAGCUUAGCAAAAUCAACAAACCUACCCUGCUAUUUAUAUUAGGAGGAUAACUGAUGCUGAAUAUUGGAGCUGACAGAAUGUGAUAUAAACAAAUAUCGCACAGAAAAAAUGUUUCACUGCAGUGUUUUCCACAGAAAUUGAAAUUAGGGGGUGUGUUCAAAAAUACAGGGGGAGGACUGAUGAGGGGUGAGACUGUUAGGGCAAAGAUGGGCUAUAUGGCACCAUAGUAAAAACUGAAAAAUGUUUCACAACCAUUUUAUUAGAUUUAACUCAUGUUUUUAAAUCAUCACACAAAUUAAAGUUGGCUAUACAAGCCUACUAUGAAGCACUCUA